AUGUCAUCAUCCUCGUCAUCAUCGGCCUCGCCAUCAUCAACGCCACUGCAUCAACAACCACGACUUCAGCAAGAACAACAACAACCUGUAUAUCUGGACGGCGCGCUACUCCUGGGUCGCCGUCUGGUACUGGAAUGGGAGCGCGUCAACGGUUGUCCCAACGUCCAGGACCACAUCGGACCUGCCGCCCUGCGUAGCACAGCCAACGCCGUUGAGCAGAUCCUGAAAUUGCACCAGGUCCUGCUGGAGAGCGUGCUCACUACGACUUCGUCGCCGGUCCAGGUCUCCAUGGUGCCUGUGACACUGGGCUCACUCGAGCUCGACGCGGAGGAGGCUCGCAUGGUGGUGCAUGAAGCUCUGCGACACACCAUCACAAGGCUAGGAGACCUACUCAAUGAUAUUGAGGAUGAAAGCAAACAAGCCACGGCACAUGAUAUUGUUGAGGACGUCAAAAGGGCACAGAUGCUGAUGUUUAGGCUCCUCGGACGGGUCCCCAUAUGA